AUGACAUCAGUUGCCAAGGUAUAUUACAGUCAGACCACUCAGACAGAAAGCCGGCCCCUAAUGGGCCCAGGGAUACGACGGCGAAGAGUUCUGACAAAAGAUGGUCGCAGCAAUGUGAGAAUGGAGCACAUUGCUGACAAGCGCUUCCUCUACCUCAAGGACCUGUGGACAACCUUCAUCGACAUGCAGUGGCGCUACAAGCUUCUGCUCUUCUCUGCGACUUUUGCAGGCACCUGGUUCCUCUUUGGCGUGGUGUGGUAUCUGGUAGCUGUGGCCCAUGGGGACCUGCUGGAGCUGGGCCCCCCAGCUAACCAUACCCCCUGUGUGGUACAGGUGCACACACUCACUGGGGCCUUCCUCUUCUCCCUUGAAUCCCAGACCACCAUUGGCUAUGGCUUCCGCUACAUCAGCGAGGAGUGCCCACUGGCCAUCGUACUUCUGAUUGCCCAGCUAGUGCUCACCACCAUCCUGGAAAUCUUCAUCACAGGUACCUUCCUGGCAAAGAUUGCUCGGCCCAAGAAGCGGGCUGAGACAAUCCGUUUCAGCCAGCAUGCGGUUGUAGCUGCCCACAAUGGGAAGCCUUGCCUUAUGAUUCGAGUUGCCAAUAUGCGGAAGAGCCUUCUCAUUGGCUGCCAGGUGACAGGCAAACUGCUUCAGACCCACCAGACCAAGGAGGGUGAGAACAUCCGGCUUAACCAGGUCAAUGUGACUUUUCAAGUAGACACGGCCUCUGACAGCCCCUUCCUCAUUCUACCCCUUACCUUCUACCAUGUGGUAGAUGAGACCAGUCCCUUAAAAGACCUCCCCCUUCGCAGUGGUGAGGGCGACUUCGAGCUGGUGCUGAUCCUAAGUGGGACAGUGGAAUCCACCAGUGCCACCUGCCAAGUGCGUACUUCCUACCUGCCAGAGGAGAUCCUUUGGGGCUAUGAGUUCACACCUGCCAUCUCGCUGUCAGCCAGUGGCAAAUACAUAGCUGACUUCAGCCUUUUUGACCAAGUUGUGAAGGUGGCUCCUCCUAGUGGCCUACGUGACAGCACUGUAUGCUAUGGAGACCCUGAAAAGCUCAAGCUGGAGGAGUCACUCAGGGAACAAGCUGAGAAGGAGGGCAGUGCCCUUAGUGUGCGCAUCAGCAACGUCUGA